CAUCCAACCCAGCAAGACAUGGAGGACAAAACAUAUUCUCUAUAAUGUCUCUGCUGUCUCUUUCUUUCUCUCUCUCUAAUAAUCAGGCAGUAGUGUGCAAGAAAAAAGAAUACAGUCUUCUUCUUUAGUUUCUUAAAAGAAAAUCUCUCUCUCUCUCUCUCUCUCUCUCUCUCAGAUAUUUUGUUCAUCACAUAAAUAAGAAUAUUGGGUAGCAAAAUCUAUUAUAUAUAUACUCCUUUUCUUGAUCUUCACGGCCUCCUUCUGAAACGCGCUUCGAAAUAUGGAAGGAGAACGAAAGAAGAGGAAGAUGGCGAGUGAAGAGGGAGAAGAUGAUGAAGAGGAGAAGAUAGAGAAGUUCUUUGCUUUGAUUAGAAGCACACGCGAGGUGCGAGAUCGUUUGAAGAGUACUGGUUUCAAUGAAUAUUCAAAAGAUCAGAAAGAAGAGAAGAGAGUUGAGAAAGAGAUCAAGGGAAUCACGGUCUGGAAUCCUACGUUUCAACCAGAAGAUUUCAUAGAGGAUGGUAAGUCCUCUAAGAGUACUCCUGGUACCACCCAACCAGGUCCUUCUAAAAGUACUAAAGGAAACGAAGAAGAAGAUACAUCAGAAGAUGGUCAUCAUGGUUUAGACCUAAACCUUUCUUUGUAGCAGCGUUAAAUAAAGGAUUGUUUUCAGUGAAUAUGAUGCAUGCUGAAGAACUAAGGUUUUUGUAUUGCUUUGAUCAGAAAGCACCACCUAUGCUUUGCAAAACUUGUAGUGCAUGCGCAUCAUUCCAUCUGUGCUAUAUAUAUAUAUAUGUUGAAUUUGUUGGCA